AUGGCGGCGGCGGCUCCGUCGCCGCUCACCGGGGUGGGCUGGGCCGCGGGGCCCGAGGCCGUCCCGCCGGGCUGGACCGCGAUCACGGUGACGGCGGAGGGCGCGCCCGCCGUGGUGGGCAAAGGCUUCGGGCACCGCGGCGGAGGGUGGUACCUGUGUGUGCGUCCCGCGGCAGCGCAGCCCCCGCCGUGCCCGGUGGUGACGGACGUGCUGGUGCUGAGCGAGCGGAGCCCGCAGCCCCCCGGCUACACCCGCGCCCCCGAGUUCCCUGAACCCCGAACCGGCGUUUCCCGGAGGAAAAGGCUCCUGGUGAAGCUGGAGCAGCCGAGCGAGGCCGCGGCGGUGCUGGAGCUGCAGCUCAGCUCCAAGGGCAAAGUCCUGCCCCUCUACACCAAAAUCGGGGAAAUGGGGGGUUUCGCCAUUUGGUGCAAGAAGGGGCCAGUUGGGCCCCAGCCCAGCCCCAGAACGAGGCCGCUCAGCACCGGGAUGGAGAAGCUCUCGCUGCAGCCCCCCAGGUACGGCCCCCCCCUCCAUCCAGCACCAAAGGCCGCUCCCAUCCCGAAUCCCUGCCUGACCCCUCCGGGAUCUACGGCCUCUCAGCCAUGGACGGAGUUCCCUUCGCCCUCCACCCCAAGUUCGAGCCCAAGCUCAGCUCUGGCCCCGCUCCAAUUCUGGCCGACCUGACAGUGAAAUCCCUCGCUGACAUCGAGCAGGAGUACAAUUAUGGAUUUGUGGUGGAAAGGACAGCGGCGGCUCGGCUGCCCCCAGGCACCUGAGCCCUUCCAGGCGACAUUCCAAAGGGAAUUCCAGAGCCUUGGAGCUGCUCCAGGAGGAAAUAAACCUGUUUCUCUACCUA